UAGCACUAUAUAAAUCUUCUUCGAGUCUUUCAAAUCCAUCAAUAAUUUCGAUCCAUCUACAAUGGCGGGCACAGUGAGGACGGACGCAAGUUUACUUCUUUUAUCUUUGUUCCUCCUCCCAUACCUAUUGAAUGGCAAGACAGCGUUGGCGGCGAUGAUCUCAGCCACAAGAUCGUGGUGCGUGUCCAAGCCGGGAAUGACAACGGAGAAACUCGUGGAGAACAUCAACUAUGCUUGCGGGAGCGGCUUAGCAGAUUGCAAAGCGAUACAGGAAGACGGCCCAUGCUACUCCACGGACGUAAUCAAAAUGGCAAGCUACGCCAUGAAUGCCUACUACUACGGCGCCGGCCACAGGGAAAUCAACUGCUACUUCGAUGGUAGCGCCCUCAUAGUCCACCAUGACCCCUCUUACGAUGACUGCAUAUAUCCUUAAUGAAGCAUACUGGAUCCUUCGUGAAGCAAUCUGGAUUGCUUGAGGAUAUGAUGGAGUUUGAGGUUUAGUUUGGUCGCACCAAAAAAUAUAAAACAAAGAAAUAAAUUUAAAUUUGCUUACGUGUUUCCAUGAAUUAAAUUCAUUAAUAAAGCAAUCGUUUAUCUCUUUUUGUUUUUAA